AUGCGUUUCGAUGCGUGCGCUGCAUCAGUCCCUGUGGGUGAGAAAAGAUUCGCCCACAAAUCUGGCUCUUCAUCAUCGUCACCAAAAUGGAUACUUAGGUUUGUUGUUGAACAAAUUGGGCUGUCAGCCAAUGAGGAAACAUCUGAGAAAGUUAUCUUUGGUAAUGUACCCGAGUCACAACUUCCCUUCUUUGCUAGUCAAGCCACGCACGAUUCGAACAUUGGUGAAGAGACUCAAGGCAGCCGUAAGGAGAGGAGGACAUGGUCUCCAACUGACGAUGUUGUGCUCAUCAGCUCGUGGUUAAACACGAGCAAAGAUGCAGUAGUAGGGAAUGAACAGAGGUCUAUUGCAUUCUGGAAAAGAAUUGCUGCGUACUACAACGCUAGUCCUAAGCUUGUUGGGUGUGAAAAGCGAGAGGCAGCUCACUGUAAGAAUCGUUGGCAGAAGAUAAAUGACCUCGUUUGCAAGUUUUGUGGAGCUUUUGAAGCUGCGACCAGAGAGAGAACCAGUGGGCAAAAUGAAACUGAUGUUCUCAAACUGGCCCACGAAAUCUUCUUCACCAAUUAUAACAAAAAAUUCACGCUUGAGCAUGCUAGGAAAGAGUUGCGCAAUGACCAAAAGUGGAGUGAGUUGUCUACGGCUAAAGCUGAGGGAAGCUCUAAAAAGAGGAAGAGUAUGGAUGUUUCUCACUCUGCAAGCUCUAAAGCAAUUGAUGUAGACUCUGGUGAUGAAUCAACAACUCGUCCCCCUAGAGUUAAGGCAGCAAAAGCUCGUUAUAAGAAGCCAAUUGGUGAUGCAAAGAACUACGAAGAGUUUCAGACAAUGUGGAGUCUGAAGAAGGAGGAUUUGACUAUGAAGAAAGAGCUGUCUAAGAUCAAGCUUUUGGAGACUCUCAUUGCUAAAGAAGGACCACUCGCGGAUUAUGAAGAAACUUUGAAGAAGAAACUGAUUAAUGAGUUAGGGUAUAAUUAA